CUCAAAUCUCUUCGACUCAGUGGAUCAGUCAACAGAAACUUAACUUACUUGAUCGACUCACGGACUAUCACCAUCAAACGCGCAGAUAACCAAUCCAGUACUAGUCUUCCCUCACUUCUCUUCCAUCUCCGCCAUCCAUCUCAUCUACAAACAUUCAUCCAUACCCCGAUUCACAUCAUUCACAUACAACCCUCUCCAUACAACACUUUUCAUAUACCCAACACUUCCCCGUAGGUCUGACCCCUCCCAUCUAGCUUGAUCAUAACGACACGACUUGACGAAUCACGAUCUUACCUCCCCUCCCAUCUGACACCUUCCUUUCAUUCCACCUUACAUCCCCUGCACUGCAAAUCUAUCCGCCAGUCUCACGUUCUCAUCAAACCGGUCCUACAACCCGGUGCUUCUCUCGCUGGACGACCCUUUUAUAACACACGGUGUAGCUUCUCACACCUCUUGAACGACUCCACGACGUCAUCUCCCUCUCAUACCAUAUACGGCACGGCCAGUCCACAGUCGAUCUUUUCGUAUUCCUCCAUCCAUUUCUAUUUUCGAAGAUCUCCAUUAUAUCCUCAAACUCGCAAUGAACGGUCAGUAUAGAAACCCAUACUCGCACACCCCGACACCAGAACCCAUGGGUAUGGCAAACGGACAGGGUUAUAUGAAUCCCGGCCCGGGUCUGGGUGGAAUGACUGGACUCCCCAAUGGCAAUGGGAAUAACGGAGGAACUGUUCCAGGAGUCAAAGUCCAACCUCUUCUCUGUUCAGGACAUACGAGACCUGUGGUCCAUCUUCAAUUCUCCAAUUUACUGGAUGAUGGUACCUACCUCCUCAUAUCCUCGUGCAAAGACGGAAAUCCUAUGCUCAGAAGCUGGUUAGGAGACUGGAUUGGGACGUUCAUAGGUCACAAAGGAGCCGUUUGGUCUUCCAAGAUCUCUCUCGACACAACUCGGGCCGUCACCGGUUCUGCCGAUUUUUCUGCAAAGAUAUGGGAUUGCGCUACCGGCGAAGCACUUCAUUCCUUCACUCACAACCAUAUCGUCCGCACCGUUGCCUUGAAUCCACAACAGACUUCACAAUAUCUUUUGACCGGAGGGCACGAAAAGAAGAUCCGACUAUACGAUCUCGGUCGUCCAGAUGCCGAUCCUCUCAUUCUGGGCAAGAACUCUGAGGGUCUGUCUUGCGAGGGAGUGAUCCGUAGCAUUGUAUGGGAUGAGUUUCACGGCGGGACCGUUGGGGUCAGCGCGGGCGAGGAUGGACUAGUUAGAUGGUGGGACCUUCGGUCUCUAUCUCAAACCGCCUCAUUAGACCUCGGAGAUCCCGUGACGUCAAUGGAGCUGGCUCAUGGUGGCGGUACGCUGAGUGUGACCGCUGGUAAGAAGGUACAUUUCUUGGACAUACAGCGUCAACAUCCCCCUGUUACAAUUCCUCUCUCCCAACCUCCCACGUCGGCUUCGCUUCAUCCGUUCGACAGAGACCGAUUCGUAGCUGGAUCCACGGCGGAUCCUUGGGUCAGAGUGUAUGAUUUGGACACUGGUGCGGAGAAGGAAGUGUAUAAAGGUCAUCAUGGACCGGUGUUGUGUGCUUCGUACUCACCUGAUGGGGAAGUGUAUGCGAGUGGGAGUGAGGAUGGGACAAUCCGACUGUGGCAGACGAACCCCGGCAAAUCUUAUGGUCUAUGGCAAACGGCAGAGUAA